CGGAGGCUGAGUAAGGGGCUCGCAGCUGUUGUAAGCUGACUGGUGUUGCUUGCAUGCAGGGAGCGAGCGGGUGGUCUGCUCAGGGGAACAGGGGAGCCAACCGUACCUGUCAGCAGCAGUGCAGAGGUAGCCGGAAUGUGAGUGCCUGACUGCACCUAACGUAGCUGGUACAGGGGCACCCAGACCCCCGAAGUUGGACUGUACUAGGUACUUGUUGACCAGAAACUAAUUUCCCCCAGCUGUUGAAGGCAUGCGAAGAAGUGUGGAGGGGUGUUACAUGUGUCACAGAAUGAACUUUAAGGGAAGGAAGGAUUCAUGAAGGAAAGGUUUUGAGUUCAAAUGAGAUACAGUGGGGCAACUUGAAAAGGAUAGUGGAGAAGGGGCUUGUUGAAGUACCUGUGAGAAGUAACAUAGAAUCAAAUAUGGAUGACGUGAUGGAGAAUGGAAACAGCAUUGAUUGGCAAAAACAAUGCAUUUCUCUGGAAACGCAGCUUAUUAAGUUCCGACAGCAGGCUGGCAAAAUCCGUGAGCAGCUAGCAGAAAAGAUGCAAGAACUUGAAAAGAGAAUCACUGAAGCAGAAUCAAGAGCAGAGACAGCAGAAAAACAGGUUCAGGUGAUGCAGGAAAAACUGAAAUCCAGUAAUGUGAAGACUAGUGAAUCAGAGAAUACACUGUAUAAAAGAUACCAGGACUUAACCAGCAUGGUACAUGAAAAAGAUGCCAUGAUUUUAAGGCUUGAAACACAGCUAGAGAAGCAGGCCCAGUUAAGAGCACAGGAAGCAAAGCUUAUUGAAGAAAAGGCAGCAAAGAUCAAGGAAUGGGUGACAUUAAAGUUAAAAGAGCUAGAAAUGGAGAACUUUCAGCUAAAACUUCACAACCACAAGCAGAUGGAGCAAAUUCAGUCUCUCCUGAAACAGUUUCAAGUUGUAGAAAAAAAGGGACAUCUGGUCGGAUCCAGCCAAAGCUGUCCACAGUUGAUACAGCGAUUGCUAAUCUCACCAUUAACUGAAAAAGCUUGUCAGUUUUCAAAGGACUGCAGUAAUAACAAAAAGCAAACUCUGCAAGCGUCAGAAGAAGGGGACCUUCAACUAACUGUGACAGUUACAGUAGAAGACAAUGCUGGUGAAGAGAAAGACAGCAAAACUAGUCCAAGGGUUGAAACUACCUGCUUUGAUUGGUCUAUUCCAGCAGCAACUAGUAAACCUAGUAUGAACUGCACUGAUGACAGGAUGGUGCCUUCUCAACUGACUAAGUGCAGCUUAUCUCCUUUGCGAACUAAAACAGAAAAAGAGUUCCAGUCAUUGGAUUGCAAGACUGUGUCAGUUUCCUCAUGUAUUAGCAGGACAGCUGAAAGGGGCAAUUUAUGUAAUGAAUUAAACACCAAAUUUCACUCACAACGACUGGCUGCUUCAUCAUCUUCAAGUGAAAUAAAUAUGCCCAGUCCUAUCACAUCUCCUGCUUUAACUCCAGAUCAGCCUUCUUCAUUUAGUGUGCCUUCUACAGCAUCCCUUCAGUUGAGCCCUCCAAUAAAAGAUGGCAGUGUAGGCAACAGCAUGACUCUUCCCAAAGCAAGGACCCCAGUUACACCCAGGGACAGCCUACAGUUGGCAAAGAAGCAUUACAGUCAACCACAGGUUGCAGCAGAUCACAUCCCGCAUGUUGUGAAUAUCGAUAUGUGCUCCUUUAAACCCAUAGCUCUCCCCCUUCACUCCUUGCAGGCUGAGGAAACUGAUAUCGAUGACAUUCCUGAUGAGAUGGAUACAGACAAAUGUGAAGAUGCUGCUUUGGAGACUGCAUCAUUGAGUAGUCUGUCCCUAAUACUGAAAGAGUCAGUAAGUCCAGAAAUUACUGAAUCUGAUCCUGUAAUCAAGCCACCUACUCCUCCACUUCACAGGUUUCCAUCAUGGGAGAGCAGAAUCUAUGCAGUUGCCAAGUCUGGAAUGAGGCUGUCUGAAGUGACUUUAGGAAAUGGACCAACUAGUAAAACUACUAAUUUGCAAUCUUGUACAGUGUCGGGACCUUUUGCUCAUCUAAUAUACAAGAAUGUGGCAGUGCCAGUGUAUACAACAUUAAAAGGGAAAGCGACCCAGAUCAGUAACAUUCCUUUCCACGAUGAUUCAUCAGGCUCUGAUGAUGAUGCCAGCUCUCUUGCUAGUUUCCGAGCUUCAAGUGUGGGCUCUGAGCCAAAGAAAGGCAGUAUUCCUGGUAGUCCCCGUGCUGUGAAGAGAGGUGUGUCUAUGUCCUCCAUGAGUUCAGAAAGUGAUUACGCUAUACCACCUGAUGCAUGCUCAGUUGAAAGUGAUUACUCAGAGCCAGAACACAAACUCCUGAGAACAUCUACUUACUCCAUGGAAAACGGAUGUAAUGAGUCUUUAGAAAAAUCUGGUUACCUGCUGAAAAUGGGUAGCAAAGUGAAGACCUGGAAGAGGAGAUGGUUUGUUUUGAGAAAUGGAGAGAUGAUGUACUAUAAAUCACCGAGCGAUAUAAUUCGGAAACCCCAGGGACAAAUUGAGUUAAAUUCAUCCUGUCGCAUAGUCCGUGUAGAAGGUACACAGACAUUUCAGCUAAUUACUGAAAAGAAGACAUACUACCUGACAGCAGAUUCUCCCAAUAUCCUAGAAGAAUGGGUUCGAACCCUUCAGGGCUUCUUAAAGAUUCGCACAACAUCCAGUCCUGUAAUACAGAAGACUAACAUGAAACCAACAGUCAAAGGCUGGCUAACAAAAGUGAAACACGGAUAUUCAAAGGUUGUCUGGUGUGCUGUAAAUGGCAAAGUAUUCUAUUACUAUCGGAAUCAUGAGGAUAAGUAUCCACUGGGACAUCUGAAUCUUCAGCAUGCAAGAGUAGAAGAGGUUGAUCGGUCAUGUGAUUCUGAUGAAGACUACGAAGCUGGAGGUCGUGGAUUUCUUUCUUCUCAUUUUACCCUUGUUAUCCAUCCCAAGGACCAGAGCCCAACUUACUUGCAUAUUGGGACAAAGUAUGAAAAGGCGACAUGGCUGUACCAUCUAACUGUGGCUGCCGGCAGUAGCAGUGUGAGAGUGGGCACUGAGUACGAACAACUGAUCAGUCAGCUGAUGGAUAUUGAUGGUGCUGUAGAUUCUGCAGUCUGGAAGCACCCAGUUUUGUGCUAUAGUAAAGAUGGCAUCCUGAGUUCACUUACUACACUCCCAUCAGAGGCAUUGCAAACAGAGGCACUCAAGCUAUUUAAGUCAUGUCAGCUGUUCAUUAAUGUGUCUGUUGAAGCAUCCUCCAUCGACUACCAUGUGUCAUUGGCACAGAGUAUUUUGCAAGUCUGUCUAACACACGCAGAACUGCAGAAUGAAAUCUACUGUCAGCUUAUUAAACAAACCAGCCACCGACAGCCUCAGAACUACUCUUUAAUUCAGUGUUGGCAGCUCCUGGCUCUAUGUGCUGCGCUUUUUCUGCCACAGAAUUGUUUCCUCUGGUACUUGAAGUUGCAUUUGCAAAGACAUGCAGACCCAAGGCUUGAAAUUGGAAAGUAUGCCAUCUAUUGCCAGCAGCUUGUAGAACGUACCUUACAGAAUGGUGACCGUGAAGCCAAACCAUCAAGACUUGAGAUCAUCUCUAUAUUACUGCGGAAUCCCUAUCACCAUUCCCUGCCUUUUAGCAUUCCUGUGCAUUUCCUGAAUGGAACUUAUCAGGUUGCUGGAUUUGAUGGCUCCACCACAGUUGAUGAAUUUUUACAUACCCUCAACCAAGAAACUGGCAUGAGAAAGUCCUAUGUCUCGGGGUUUGCUUUGUUCACUGAUGAUCCUUCUGGAAAGGAUUGUGAGCACUGCCUGCAGGGAUCAGUUAAGAUUUGUGACGUAAUUUCAAAAUGGGAGCAGGUUGUCAAAGAACUGCAUCCUGGCAAGUAUGAAGGUACGAGAGUAGUCCGGCUGACUUACAAGAACAGAAUGUAUUUUAGGCGUCAUGCAAAGGGUGAGACUGAGAGAGAACGGCUCCUACUGGCGUACCAAGUCAAUGAUGAAAUAGUCAAUGGAAGAUUCCCAGUCAACAAAGAGCUCUCUCUAGAAAUAGCUGCAUUGAUGGCACAGGUGGAAUAUGGAGAUUUUGAUCGACCAGUUCCUUCCAGUCCUGGAGGAAGCUCCCAGACAAAAGCACAGCACCUUCUCCUACAAGUCCUUGACAAGUUUUAUCCAAAACACUAUAAACAGAGCUGUACAUCAGAGCAGCUGAGACAUAUAGCUGACAGGCUGGCAACAAAGUGGAUGGUGCUUCGAGGAUGUACUGCCCCUGAAUGUGUUCGCAUUUACUUAACUGUCGCAAGAAAGUGGCCUUUCUAUGGAGCCAAGUUGUUUGCUGCUAAGCCUGCACUGUCAUCAUCCCUGGAAAAAUCUCUUUUGUGGCUUGCCGUAAAUGAAGAUGGGGUCAGCAUUCUGGAGUACAACAGUAUGCACCUAAUCAUGAUGCACCCUUAUCAAUCUGUGCUGACAUUCGGAGGUUAUCAAGAUGACUUCAUGCUUGUAGUUAGUCAAAAAACUGAUGGCAGCUCUGGGAAAGUUACUAUUGAAAAACUCAUCUUUGUUAUGGCAAAACCCAAGAUUGUUGAGAUAACACUUCUGAUUGCCAGGUACAUCAAUUUCAAUGCCUUGCAGCCAUCCUGUAUCCCAUCACAGUCACCAUGUGCUGGAUCCCCUUUAAGUGCUACAUCAGAGAAGCGACUGUAUGACAUUGAAAGCAAACACUUCCCUGCCCCCACAUUAUCUUCUAAGGGACCAACUCUCCUCUGAGGACUGUGGUAUUCUGAGGACUAAGAGCCAAACAAAUGCUGCUCAUAUCUACCACCCAGAUUGCUGUGUAGGACGUGAUAUUCAGGUCUCCAAAGUGUAGACAAAUGCUGUUUGUGUUUCAUGACUAGUAGGCUGUGGAGGACUUUGUAUCACUACAGCAUGCCAUACUAAUCAUUCAGAUGUCAGACAAGGAAAGGCCCUCUAAAUUCAGGGGCCAUACCAAUGUAGUUAGAUAAUUGACAGUUGAUACCGUCUUUCAACUUGGUAGUAACUUCUGAUCUGUUUAUUGUUGAGUAAAGAUUAGAAUCCUGUGGAUGAAAAACAAUGUUGUAACCAAAUAUUUUGCACAGAUUUUGAAUAUGUGUUAGUAAUUACAUGCAUGUGUUCACACUGCCUAGCAGAACUUCUUACCCUUAGAGGGAGGUUGACGUGCUUUUUUUUUUUGUUUUGUUUUUUUGUGUGUGUUUGUAUGUAUGUAUAGGUAUAUUUGACAAAAAGUACAGAAUUUAUUUCACUUGUUUUGAAAAAGUUUUGCCACUGGAGUAAAAUUUUGUUUUAAAGACAAACUUUGCACACACAGUGCUAUUAGGAACCUCAGAUCACCCGCAACAAGCCUGUCUUUUGUUAUAAUGACAUCAUUUGGCAAUUCGACAGCCAAACUAAAGUAAAAUUUAAAAUGGCUAAGAUCAGAAAACACAUCAGGUAUUCAUAGUUGUAGUAAGGCGUUACACCUUUCUAGUGCUCAGCUUAUCUCUACAUUCAUAGUACUGAUAAUAAAAAGCAGUUUUGCUUCUCCCAUCUGCACCUUUUCCAUGUUUGCUCUGCAUGCUCCGUGGCUGUUGUGCAGCCUCAUUCAGAGCACCAUGAGAGAUGUUUUUUCUCCAGUUCCAUGCUUUGUGGCUGUUGUGCAGCCUCAUUCGGUGCACCAUGAGAGAUGUUUCUGUUCCAAUUCCAUGCUCCAUGGCUGUUGUGCAGCCUCAUUCAGAGCACCAUGAGAGAUGUUUCUGCUCCAGUUCGUAAGUGCCUUUUGGUUCCAGUACUCUUAUUUACAUUGCAGAAGAACACACUGAUACAUGCGUAGGACUGUUUUUUAGUUAUAAAGAGAUUCACAUUUAAUGAGAAUGCUGAAUCAUACGCAGGGGGCAUUUAGGGGUGCAGUUCUAGUUCUAAAGAUGGUGUAGUGGAAAAGAGAAUAUUGAUAAGAAAAUUGAACUGUAAUUAGGAGCUAGGCGUAUGUAAGUCGGAUAUGUACAACAUUACUUUUGACAACUCACUGAAAGUUUUAAGUUCAGAGAUGCCUGUUGGAAAGUAAUUUACUACUGCAUUUUCUCAUUAGACUUUGUCUCUUCCAUUGGCCAUGAAGGUUGAAGCUGUAUCUUGUUGCCCUUAUAUCUACUUGUUUUUCAGUAUGGGAUGUGCAAAUUCUGAAAUGGCAAAUUGAUAGCAUAGAAGCAACACAACCCAACAAGGUAUGACACUCUUUUAGGCAAAGAGGAAGAAGCUUGUCUAGAAAGAGGACAAGCAGAUGCUUAAGUGAAUCAGUUUGCUGGCUGCACAGAUACCUAAAGUAACAUUCUUCAAAGUAACAUUAUACCUGAUUUCCAAGGCUCCCAUACUCCAAAUGUGUACUCUGCGGAAAAGAUUCACAGUUAUGUCUAUGACUGAGGGUUCAGUCUUCUUUGACAGGGGUACCUAGCUUAUUUCCUACAUGACUGUAUGCAGCAUUGAGUAGUCAAGGAAUCUGAUAUAAGUAAAAGACAAGCAAGAGCUGUAAAUUGAAAGUAUAUGACAAGAGCUUUAUUUCUGCACCAUUCGUCAUCUUCAUCAUCAGCUUCCCUUUUUCCCAUUUUUUCUACAUGGGGUUGGGGUAUUGUGUUAACUGUUGCCAACUCUUUCAAUUCAGUGCUACACUCCUGCCUUCAACACUCAUGCCUGACUGUCGCAGAACUUUUCACACAAUCCAUCCACCUCUUUGCUGGACAGCCUUGCUUCCUCUUACCUUUUUCCUGUCUGUCCCAAAUCUUUCUCACCAGACUGCCUUCUGCUUCUCUACACGUGCCCACACCACUGUAAUAUGUUUUCUUUGAUAUUUUUUUGCAAUUGGAGCUACUUUGGCUUCUGCUCUUAUGUCCUCAUUUCUUCGUCUGUCCCACAGUGUGAAUCCUAUCACCUUUCUCAGG